UUACGACGUCGUUCCAGUUGAGGCAUUUCUCCGGUUCGAAAUUCGAUCGCUGCAAUUCUGCUACCACACUCCACACUCCACAGCCAUUGGAGCUGGAUCUGGAAGCUCUCCGGUGCGCAGCAGCAACAAUGAAAGGGGAGAAGCAGCAGAAUAUUCCAACGAAGAAGCCACGCUUUUGGAGAUGGGCAGUAGCAUCAAUAAUCUUCAGAUUAAUUCUCAUUUACUUCCCCAAAAACCUUAACUUAGCUACUCGUCCUGAAGUUUCUACUCCCGUCACCAGUCUCCGCCGCCUGGCUGAAGGUUACUGGUUAACACAGUCAUCGAUGUCGCCGUAUGCUGGUUCUAUGUAUCAUGGAUCUCCGCUCUUGCUCUCGGUUCUCGGUCCGCUUACAAUGAAAAAAAUUGAAGGACAGCCUUUUCAUCUUCUAUGCAGUUUGGUUUCUGUUAUUGCAGAUUUCAUCUGUGCCAUGCUAAUCCGAGCAACUGGCCUUAAACUUCGCAUGACAUAUUGUGAGAGAUUAAAAUUGCUGGGUUUGGGGAAGCUCUUUGAAGUUUCUGAGAUUCUACCGUCUGAGGACAUUGCUGCUCUCGUGUACUUGUGGAAUCCUUUCACCAUAGUCACAUGUGUGGGUUUCAAUACAACCCCUGUGGAAAAUCUUUUUAUCAUCUUGUCACUUUAUGGAGCCUGCAUCCGAGUAGCCCCAUUGGCAGCUUUUGGUUGGGUUAUAGCAUCUCAUUUGUCUCUCUAUCCGGCAAUUCUCAUUAUACCUGUAAUUUUACUGUUAGGUAAUGGUCCAGAUGCAACCCCAAGGAAAUUGCUCCUAAUUUGUAAGAAAGAUGAAGAUGAUAGCUCAAGUAAAGGCCGGGUGGAACAAAAUGGCCUGAAAGAACUUAAAAGUUUCUCAUGGAAACCAGUUGUACUCUUCUUUGUCUGGGCUUUUAUUUGGACCUUAUAUGCAUUGGUUUUGUGUGGCAUCUUUAUGAGAAACUAUGGCGGUCUUUCAGAAAUGUUUAGAAGGACCUACGGAUUUAUUCUUACUGUCAAAGAUUUGUCUCCAAACAUAGGUGUGUUAUGGUACUUCUUUGCAGAGGUCUUUGAAUUUUUCAGAAAUUUCUUUCUGAUUGUUUUUCAUGUGAACAUCCUUUUCAUGAUACUGCCACUAGCCAUAAGGCUAAAACACCGACCGUGUUUCUUGGCUUUUGUUUACAUGGCAAUCUGUUCAAUGCUUAAACCCUAUCCUUCAGUUGGGGACUCAGCUCUGUACUUGGCUUUGUUAGCGUUGUUUUGCAAUGAGUUGGCAGAAAUGCAGUUUUCAUUCUUUCUCUUUUGUGGGUAUGUUGGAGUUUCGCUUCUUAGUCCUGUGAUGCACAACUUGUGGAUAUGGAGGGGAACUGGCAAUGCCAACUUUUACUUUGCAACGGGAAUGGCUUAUGCUUGCUUCCAGAUUGUAUUGGUUGUUGAGAGUGUGAGUGCUAUGUUGAACCAUGACAGAAAGAUCAGAAAGUUGGUUGCAGCUACAUAAACUUGAGAUCUUACACUAAAUAGGGGUGCAUCCCGAUCACACGUGACCAUCUGGGGCCAGACAGAUCCAUAUUAUUGCUGGUUGCAGUUUCUUUAUAUCAACUCCUUAGCAAGUUAACUGGAUCUGAGUGUGCUUCCAUGAUUGGAGUUUCUGCUGAUGGCUCAUAGGUGGCCAUUUAAUGAGUGUGUCAUACUAUUUACUGGUACACGGGAAAAUUCAUACCACAAAAUGGAGUAUGGCUAUUACGCGCGCAAGUUGUAUACUAAUGUAAUCUCUCUCACAUAGCAAUUAUAAUUUACAAUGUUAUUGGUUAUAUUCUCAUCAAUCGAGGCAUGGUUUUGAUAA